CUUUAAAGAGCAGGUUCAACUCAUUCGCCGACAAUACAAUAUCUACCUUAAGGAUGACCUGUUAAAGUCUUCAAGAGUGGGGUGGCCAUCAAGCGGCUGGACCGACCGCCGCCGGGCGAUAACGAUUUUGUUAUCGAAAUCAGGUAAAAGAAAUAUAUCUGAGAAGAUGACGCCAAUCAAGUUGCUUCUAUAAAACUAUUCUAUUGUUCCUCUUCCCAUGUUAAGUUCUUUAUUUGUGACGUCUGAUGUUACCAUAGUGGCAUGAGCGAGCCAUUCAGGUUAUCAGACUCCCACCCUUGUCAAACAAAAGUAACCACAUACUCUUUCAUUUAAGAGAGCUUCUCUUCCUUCUUCGCAUCGCAUGAGACUAUCGACUGCAUAAUGGGAAGCUUAGAGAAAACAAUUCGUCACCUGGACGUCCUUGUUGUCGGAGGUGGUCCGGUCGGACUCGUCACCGCUUUCCAACUCGCCAAAUUCGGACACGCCUCAUCAAUAGCAAUCAUAGAGAAGCAUCUAAAGAGUUCUCAAGACCAAUAUGGCCGCGCUAUCACUCUCUAUCCCCGAUCCUCGGAAAUGCUUGACCAGUUAGGUCUAGCAGAAGAGCUCGCUCAAGAAUGCUUUGCUUGCCGGAGUACGGUCAGUUAUGACAAGCAUGGGCAGGAAGUUCAAGGGCGAGGAUGGUACUUUAUGGAGAAUAUGAAGGAUACGCAGUGGGACUUUGCAUUGGUUUUGAGACAGAAGUAUCAAGAGGAAAUAUUUAGGCGAAGGUUGAGGGAACUGGGAGUGACUCUAGAGGCGCCAGUCGAAUUGACUGAUGUGAAGGUUGACGAAAGUAUUGCCCAAGGCGGAUACAAGAUCACAGCAGCGACCAGAAAUGGCGAGACCGGGAUUGAAGAGACAAUUCAGUGCAAGUAUCUGAUAGGGGCUGACGGUGGAAGGUCAUUUGUGAGGAGAGUCUUGGACAUCCCAUUUGACGGAAGCACAACGGAGGACAAGUGGGUUCGGAUCGAUGGGAUGAUCGAGACAGAUAUGCCCAAAAACAGAACUUACGGGGCUAUAGAAUCUCCCACACAUGGAAACGUGUUAUGGGCAGCAUUAGAUCAUGGAGCAACUAGAAUCGGAUUCGCAUUUACAGCAGAACGCCAGAAAGGGUACACAGAAUUCAACGAAGCUGCAGCAGUAGCGGAGGCAAUUGCUUCAGUGAAACCAUUCAAGCUAGAAUUCAAGCAAGUGGAUUGGUAUACUGUCUAUGCAGUCGGACAAAGAGUCGCGAGACACUUCUUCACCAAAGAUUGCGUCUUCCUGGCUGGAGAUGCAUGCCACACCCAUUCUUCAGGAGCUGCACAAGGAAUGAACACAGGACUUCAUGAUGCUUGCAACCUCGGAUGGAAACUUUCUUUGGUCCUCCGUGGUCUGGCUCCAGCUUCGCUUCUCGCAACAUACGAAGGUGAACGAUCACCGAAUGUCCAGAAGCUCAUCAAUUACGACAAAGAUAUCUCGAGAUUGAUGACGAUGCAAUUACCCUUGGGAUGGUCAGGAGAUGCAAAUGCCGAUCCGAACGAGGUGCUUGGAGUAGUGAUGGAGGAGGCUUCAACAUUCACCUCAGGGCUUAGUAUCGCGUUCGAUCUUAAUGGCGCCAAUAUUCAAGGCUCAUUUGUACCUAGCACAGACCCUGCACCGGUAUCUCCUGGUCAAAGAGGUCCCGAUGUACAACUGUACAAGCCAGGCACUAACGAAGUUACGAGAAUGCACCGAGAGACGCCAAACAACGCGAGAUUCUUCGUUGUGGUAUUCACCGGAGAGCCCGAGUAUACCUCUUCCGCCUUGAAUGAGCUGGCGCAAGCAGUUGAAGCAUCAAAAAUACUUUCAGAUGCAAAAUUACCUAUCUCAUGGCUUACUAUUCCAGCAAAGAGCGGCCCUUCUGCUUUUGAGCUUCUGGGUAUCAUGCCUUUCGGGAAAGUCUUCUACGACUCGAAGAAGACAGCUCAUGCCAGAUAUGGAGUGGACCUGCAGAAAGGAGGUAUCUUCGUCUUAAGACCUGAUGGAUGGGUUGGUACUGCUACAGCGUUGAAAGUAGACGCUGUCGUAGAAUUGGAAAUGUACUUUAGAAAGCUGUUAAUAAUUUGAAACAUUUGGCGGUUGAGCAGUAGCCGAAAGGAUGAACGCGUAGGUUCUCAGUAGGCUAAGACUCUUUCACCCAGAAUCGGUAUUGAGUUCAUAUAGCACUGCAUCGUCAGAUGUGAUGAGGGCAAAACAGAGUCAGGAAUUGAUGCUUUGCUCGAGCUAGAGGGAGCUUGAGAGGCCUCCUUCUUCUAAGCGAUGGUUCAGGAGAAGAAAUAGAAG